GGGUAAUAGCGGGUUAAUCAGCCUGAUUUUCUGUAACUGCGUGUUUAUGUUUCAAAUAUGAGUCUUAUACAAUCAUCGAACCAUCAAAUUAACUGUAAUCCUCGUAAUGAAGAAGUGUUCUCAUUCGUGGAAGAAAAUGGCCGCCCCAAAGAAAGAUGGACACCUCUUGGUGCAAACGCAAGUCCUGAACCUUGUUAUCAUGCGUUUGAAGAGAAUCAUGUAGAUAAUGAAUUUGACCAUGAGUCUGAAUUAUCCCGCCUAGCCAUAGAAAAUGAACACCUCAACAGUUUGUUGAUGGCUUUUACUUCUCACAUCGCCCAGGUGCAAUUUCGUCUAGGGCAAGUAAUAAAUGCUGAGUCUGAUUGCAGAGAGCUCAUGCUUAAGUCUCUCGAGGAAUUUGCCUCCAGAGGAAUCCCUGACCUACAAUCACUGGCGGAACAAUGCAGUAAAUUAUCUUCAGAACCCCAAGCAUGUACUUCAAGUUUAGAUGGACGACCUCGGAAAAUGAUUGAACAGCUGAAAAGACAUCUUGAUGACCUAGAAAGAUUCGCUUAUGAGACUGGUGAGCAAAGUGAACCGCCAACUCAAGCUAUCCUAGAGAAGCAGCGUUUAGUACUAGAAGGCCUACGAGAGAAACUUGAAUUGAAUAUUUCCAAUGUGGAUAAACUUCCAGCUGCUGAACUGCAACAAGUUGUAGACAAGGCUGUCAAUCAAUUUUUAAAUCCUGUAAAAGUUAACGAAAAACUUGUGGAACAGUUGAAAACUCAAGUGAAUGAUUUAGAACGGUUUAUUGAUUUUCUUCACGGCUCUGGUGCAUGCAGUGAUAUUUUAGCUAAAGCAUUAGCUGAUUUCAAGCGUACACACCAACAGUUAUCAACCAAUAAUGAAAUAUCAUCGUGUUGUUAUGAUUCUAAUAGAUCACAUACACAAAAUAAUGAUAAUAAUGAUGACCAUGAUCUAGACAAUAGUAGUAUAUUUUCAUCACAUAUUCAUCCUGGUGUACAAUUAGGACAUAGUCGUCAUCUUCAUUCAGAUUAUCAACAUAGUCAUACAAAUGAUUAUAAUACUGAUGGUAUCGAUGCCUAUUUAGAGGAUAUCACCACUACCGAAGAACAAGAAUUAAGGCGUAGAGAUAAUAGAAAACGUGAUGUCAGGAAAUCUCGAUUCACUAUCAUUAACCUUAUUCAACGAGCUAUCACCCUUCUCAACCUGUUUGCAGCAAGUCAAUUGGGUCAAGAUCCUGAUACAUUGCUGACAAAAUUCAACAUGAAUAAACAUUCUCCUCAUAAAGUUGACAAAUCGAAUUCAUCUACCGUAGAGAAAGCCAAAACACAACACUGGGGAACAAUUCGAGCUCGUCUUGAAAUUGCUAUAAAUAUGGUUCAAGAAAAAGUGGUUACUCUUAACACUUAUAAACUAAGUAAAACACCAGCAGUCAAUUUACACUUUACAUAUCAUACAGUGCCAAAUAUGAUUCACUCAUGUACAACACAGUCGGAAACUCGUAAUACAGUUCCAUCUGGACGUGAAAGUCCAGAUGGGAAAGCUAGUAUGCCCGCAUAUGAUACAACAGUUAGAUCCUAUGCAUCACUACAAGAAAUGGAUGACACAGAAAGCAGCUCAUAUGAAACAUCAGAGUUUCUAUAUACUGAAGCUGAACGCUCUGUGGUACAUGCUGUACGUCGAUACCUCUGUCCCGCUUUACGUGAUCUUAUCGAACAUGGUCUUAUAAAGAAAGCUUUACAGAAAAUUGAUGAAAAUUCACCUUUGGGCUUAGCAAAUAAACGAAGCAUUUUACUGCUUCGUCCUAUCCUAAACUGUUUAGACUCAAGAUCAAGAAAUCACUCAGAAGAUAAAUUUGAAUGUUUAGAUUUGAACGAUCCAUCAGGUGAUUACAUUGAUACAAACUCUUUUUCGGGGUCCCGUUCUAAUUAUAUAGGAAUCCAUGCGUGGGAUGUAUUAAUGCGUUUUUAUCAAAUUAAGAAUGGUCCACGGUAUAAUGAAUCUCCGGCGAGAAAACUUUGUGAAAGUUUUGAUUUAGAUACAGUUGAUGGUAAAACAAUCACAAAUCGUCAGAAAUUUUUCAGUGCAAUGGGUAACGUUCUUCAGGGUCACGUGGCAUACAAACGCAGUAAGGAUGCCAAGUUCAAAGCAUUCAUUAGUAUUGCACUUAAUGAAGGAAAAUUGGUCCCUUGGCUAAGAAUGAUCUUUCGGAAUCAUGUUUUUGUUCAAUCUAUAUAUGAACCAUGGAGUUAUACUUUGAGUACAGGAUUCAACGAUACUCUACAGUCAUUAAUUAAACUAAAGGAUCUUGAAUUCGCUCUGCCUUAUGAUUACAGUAUUCGUCAUUUAAAAGAAAUGCAUGAUGCCUUCUAA